AUGAAGGAAACCAUGAUUUCCCAACUACCAAUACCCCAAAGUUCACCGUUCACUUCGACUGUUGAAGCUCCUCUAGCAUCACUUAUAUCAAGUUUUCAUCUAGCUGGAAGCAAGCUUCCUGAAUAUGGCCUUGAGAAUGUUAUUGUCCCAUUAGACCAGGCGGGAACACACUUUCACGGAAUUGCCAGUUUGACAGCGGGAAUUUAUGCAGUUGUCAUGAUAUUCCUUCUUAUCGUCCUUCAGGACUACAGACGACAUUCUAUCAUGCCCCCGGGACCAUCACCUGUUCCAUUCUUAGGAAAUAAAUGGCAUCUACCACCUCAGAAGCCAUGGUACAAGUUUAAGCAAUGGACAGACAAGUAUGGUGAGCUAGUUACGGUUUGGGCUGGACGCCGUGCUACUAUUGUUAUCGGAGACCCGCAAGUAGCUUGCGACCUUUUGGAUCGCCGUUCAGCAAUAUAUUCGUCUCGCCCACGGUUUGUGAUCAUGGGAGAACUUUUUACAAACAACGAUUCCCUCCUCACUAUGCCGCACGGCGAGAAAUGGCGCAAGACCCGCAAGAUUUUCCAUAGUGGACUUCUCACAAAGGCCUGCAACAGCUACAAGCCUAUACAGGUAGCCGAAUCACAAAGACUUGUUAUGGACUUUGUUAGAAGCCCAGAGAAUUUUGGCAAACACCUGGAAAGAUAUGCUGCCUCAUUGAUGGUCUGUGUCGCGUAUGGGCAGAGAGUGGAUAACCUGGAGGAUCCUGUAAUCAAGAGGAUUUAUGAGAGAAUGGCCUAUAUGGCAACACUUAAUGUACCGGGUGCAUUUUGGGCGGAGUCGUUCCCUGUACUCAAGCUCAUCCCUGAUUGUCUUGCCCCCUGGAAGCGGGAAGUCAAGCGUCGGGCUGAAGAGUCCACCCAAUUGCUUUCUGAGCUCGCGUUUGAUGUUCGGGAUCGAAUGGAAACGGGAGAUGCACCGGCAUGUUUUACGAAGACCUUGUGGGAGAAGCGAGAAGAGAGCCCAGAAGCUCUUUCCGAACGGGAGAUUGCAUAUGCGACUGGUUCUCUGUUUGGCGCGGGAAGCGAUACUUCGUCCUCGACCUUGACGAGCUUUAUCCUCGCAAUGACCUGUUUUCCGAGAGUAGCCGCGAAGGCACAAGAAGAGCUCGAUCGCGUAGUCGGCCGUGAUCGUUCUCCUACUUGGUGUGACGCGCCAAAUCUCCCCUAUUGCUCUGCUAUCAUCAAAGAAACACUCAGAUGGAGGCCAGUUGCCGUGAUGGGCGGCACUCCCCAUGCCAGCAUCGCUGAUGAUCACUACAAUGGACAUUUCAUUCCAAAAGGAACAACCAUCCUGGGAAAUCUCUGGGCGAUUCAUCAUAAUGAGAAAUAUUUCAAAGAUUCCCAUGACUUCAUUCCUGAGCGAUAUCUGAGUCCGCGUGAAGAUGGCACUUUGCCAUAUCCUCACCGUGAUGGACAUUCUGCUUUUGGCUGGGGACGACGUAUUUGCCCCGGACAGAAACUUGCCGAAAAUUCUCUUUUUAUCACAAUCACUCGCAUUCUAUGGGGGUUCGAUAUAUCAAAGGCCCAUGAUCAAAUCACUGGAGAAGAGAUAGUUCCUGAUAUCUUUGCAUAUACGGAUGGAUUCAACUCAAAGCCACAGCCAUUUCAAUGCCGUAUCGAGCCUCGCUGCCCCCGCGUCCUCGAGGUGAUCGAACAGGAAUCAUUAUUAGGGGAGCAGUUUUUGGAGAAAUACAAGUCCCGUUGA